AUUCUACAGGAGUGCAUGAGAGCCCAAACUUACAGUCUCCUGGGCGUCUGUGAGCACGCAGCAGGAACCCACGGGCUGAUCCACAGGUGCAGUAUUGGUGGCACCGUCAUUUCACAACCCAUGGCCAGUGAGACCAUCAUAGUUCUGACACCAAAUGGCAUCAAUUUCCCCCAAACAGGGAAACCCAAACCUACCAAGCAGAGGCAAGACAGCCUAGAGAAACGUCUUAAGGCAGAGGUCAAAGUUUUUGGGACCAUUCAGAUCCUGUGCGGAGCGAUGCUGUUGAUCUUGGGAAUUAUUUUGGCAUUCGCUCCCUCCUCUCCACACUUUACCGCAGUGCUUUCCGUCCUGUUGAAGACUUCUUACCCAUUCAUAGGAGCCUUGUGUUUUGUCAUUUCUGGAAUUCUAUCAAUCGUCAUGGAGAAAAGGUCAACUAAGCCUUUGGCUCAGAGCACCGUGGCUGCAAACAUUUUGAGCUUUCUAUGUGCUCUCCUGGGUUUUGUUCUCCUCUCUGUCAACCUGGCUGCUUUGGAUCCUGCCUUUUGGAAUUGUGAUUUGGACUCCAAGAAGGAAGUACAUGAACACUAUAAAUAUUACUUACACUUGAUGCACCCUGAUAUUAAGGAGGAAUGCUUCAUGACCAAAGGCACUCUGGCCGGAACUCUGUCUGUGAUGCUGAUUUGCACGGUGCUGGAGUUGUGCCUGGCCUGGCUCGCUGCUGUGGUUUGGUGGAAACAGGCUCGCUCAGACUUCACUGGGAGUGUGCUUUUCCUGCCUCAGGGUAACAAGAAUGAAUCCAGCAUACCCAUCAAGGCAUUUUCUGACCCUGGAUAUGAAAAACUAUUGACUUCUUAGGGGAAAUAUUCAUCAGAAGUUUGGAUUUAUGAUAAAAUACCAAAACCAACCAAAGAAACCAAACUUAAGAAAGCAGAGCCUGAAUUCUCUGAAAUGUAGGCUUUUAUGUAAUGAAUAUCAAAAAUAUAUAUCUUUGUUUUGAUGUUACUGAA